GUAAAGAAAAUGAAAAACCAGAGGACGAGGAAAAGGAGCUCUUUUUGACAGAUGAGAUGAAAGACAUUCUAGGAGAAGACCCAUCUGAAAAAAAGGGUCUUCGAUUAGAACUGCAUCCAAAAAUAAAAAACCGCCUGAAGUUCUGGGCCGAGAAAGGGUUGAGCUCUGAAGACAGAGACAAACUACUAACAAAAUACAAAAGAUCUGAAGGUUUUGAAGCUCCUAAAAUUAAUCUCCCAAUCGAGUCCAACCUAUCAGUUAGUGCAAAGAAGAGAGACACUUUUCGCGUGCUGACUCAGAACUCCAUCGGUUCAGCGCUGAUGGCUAUAGUCUCCGUUGCGUCCACACUGAUCACCGAGACAGAGGCUCUUGACUUGGACGAUGCUUUCGAAAAACUAUUUGAAGCAAAGAAAAUCCUGGCUGAUGCUUUUCAUCAACAAUCACUGUCAAGAAAAGCAACCAUUACACCAUCAUUUGACAAAAUGACAAAGGAGAUUCUGGAAAAGGCGAACGCCGAUGAAUUCCUGUUCGGUAAAGAUUUAGUCGAGAAUAUAAAAUCGGUCAAAGCAGCUGACAAAGUAGUAUCAGUGGCUAAAACACCGGCUCAAGCCUCAAACAACCAAGGCAAAUAUUUAAACUCAUCUCGCCCGAAACCGGAGUUAUGCGUAGCUACGACCCUAAACUUUUACGUGAAAAAGACCAAAACAGCAAGAGGAAAGUUGGGAAACCUUUUUAUUUCAACUGUUAAGCCUUUGUCACGUUCGACAGUCACAAUGGUUAAUAGGUUGAUGAGAAUGAUGAAA